AUGGCAUUUGAGGAGAUUAAGGUAAGAAGGUAUGAUGGAGGUGUUGAUAGAGCUGGAGUUGAACUACUUGAAAGAAGAUGUGAAGUUGGGCCAUCUCAACAUGUCUUUCUUUUCACUGAUACCAUGGGUGACCCCAUCUCUAGAAUCCGCAAUACUCCAUUGUACAUCAUGCUGGUUGCUGAGUUGAACCAUGAGCUAAUUGGUGCUAUUCAAGGUUCGAUCAAGGUGGUCACUAUGAAAGAUUUGGUUAAAGUGGGCUACAUUUUGGGACUAAGGGUUGCACCGCUGCACCGUCGUAAAGGCAUUGGUUCGACCCUCGUGAGCCAUUUGGAAGAAUGGUUCAUCAGGAACCAAGUGGACUAUGCGUACAUGGCAACCGAGAAAGAUAACAAUGCUUCGGUUAAUCUCUUUGUAAACAAACUCCGGUACAUCAAGUUUCGGACGCCCGCGAUCCUCGUUCAUCCUGUCAAAUCCCGGCCCCUCAAAAUGCCGUCAAAAAUCGAGAUUUUUAAGAUUAGCGAAGAGAAUGCGGAGUAUUUAUAUCGUCGUUUUAUGGGUUUGACGGAGUUUUUCCCAGCAGAUAUCGAUAAAGUUCUUAGAAACAAGCUAAGUUUAGGCACUUGGGUGGCAUGUGAACGAGGAGAAUGCGAUCAAUUUGGGCAAAACGGUAACUUACCCACGAACUGGGCGAUGCUAAGCGUUUGGAAUAGUGGCGGUUUAUUCAAACUACGAAUCGGGAAAGCACCAGUUUCGUGUUUGGUGUACUCCAAGGUGUCGAAAGUGGUCGAUAAAUUUGCGUUUGCGUGCUUCAACAUGCCGACGCUAUUGCGGAAUCUUUUCGAGCCAUUUGGGUUCUAUUUCUUGUACGGGUUGCACCAAGAGGGUCCGGGGUCCGGGAAGAUGGUUCGAGCCCUUUGUAAAUAUGUGCACAACAUGGCUCGAGUGGGUGGUUCGGAUUGCAAGAUGGUGGUGACUGAGGUGGGGAGUUAUGAUGAGAGGGUGAGACCUCACAUCCCCCAUUGGAGGCUGCUUUCAUGCCAAGAGGAUUUGUGGUGCAUAAAGCCUAUGAAAAGUGGAAGUGUUAAUGAAUUGACAAGAAUCCCACAAACAACACCUCUUUUUGUAGAUCCAAGAGAGGUGUGA